AUGCCGAGCGGGACGCCAGCCCAACAUCGCCACGCGACUCCGAAGCCCACCGUGGCAGAGCGGCCGCAUGGGCAUAAGGAGGCGCCCCCACAGGUGAUACCUAUGACCAAUACUAUGCCAGGGGACAGUCCCUUCGUCACGUUGGACCAAUUCCAGUCCGCUAUGAGUGCGAUAAGAACUGUUAUAAUGGGGACCGUAGAAUCCCGCGCAACGCUUCCCAUACAGCCAGAAGACGGCAGCACUAUGCCGCGAAUCCAUGGCACAGGGAUAAUGUGUGCGGUAGCGACAAGCCCCAAUGCCAUUCCAGCCUCCCUUGAUUGGAGAAACCAACCCCUCAGCACUGCGGAAGGAACUAAUACGAGCAAUGGACACGCGGAAGGGACUCAGCCGCUUUUGGAAACGCGGUGGGAGUCUGGGUCGGCGUCGUUCCUGAGUGAAGAGGCUCUGGGAACGACGACGGCUAGCAGCAGGAAGUCUGCAGAGGCAACAGAAGACAGCUACAGGCCAGACGCAGAUGCCCUUACAAUAACCCCUGAUUUCCCACUACCGCCCAUUCAAACCAUUCUUGAGAUGCUGGGAGGCGCAAAGUAUUUUUCCACUUUGGACCUUGAGGCAGGAUUCCAUCAAAUACGUAUGGCUAAAGAAGACCGUUGGAAGACGGCUUUCCGUUCCGUUCUCGGGUUUUUCGAGUACCGAGUAAUGGCCUUUGACCUUAAGGGUCCUCCAGCUAUGUUCCAGGCCAACAUUAAUGCCUAUCUACAACGUUUAUUAGGAGAGGGCGUUAUUGCGUACAUAGAUGAUGUACUUAUCUAUAGUUCCGAUAUCUCUGGGCACGUUUCUCUCCUGUGA